GGCGCGCGCGGCGGCCGCCCUCCGGGGCCAGCGCGCGUGUUUGCCUGCGCGGGCGCGCGCUGUCUGGGCUGGGCGGGCCGCGUAGGUUUUGACUGCUCAGCGGUCGUGAGGCGGAGAGGAGGAGGUAGCCUGGGGACGCGAAUGCUUCCUUCCCGGGCCGAGGCCUGAGGGCGCCUCCGGAGUGACGCGCAGGGGCGCGGCGACCGCGCCGACUGGCCGCGGUGGCUCGGGAGGGCGCGGGGUUCCCUCCCUCAUGGUUGAUAGCUCAGAGAGAAGAAACUUGGAGAGAGGAUGGAUGCAAAAGCCCGAAACUGUUUGCUUCAACAUAGAGAAGCUCUGGAAAAGGACAUCAAAACAUCCUACAUCAUGGAUCACAUGAUCAGUGAUGGAGUUUUAACAAUAUCAGAGGAGGAAAGGGUAAAAAAUCAGCCCAGUAAUCAUCAGCGAGCAGCUACACUAAUUAAAAUGAUACUUAAGAAAGAUAAUUAUUCCUACAUAUCGUUCUACAAUGCUCUACUGCACGAGGGAUAUAAAGAUCUUGCUGCCCUUCUUCAUAGUGGCAUGCCUGUGCUUUCGUCCUCCAGUGGCAAAGAUUCAGCGGAUGGCAUAACUUCAUACGUGAGGACAGUGCUGUGCGAAGGUGGAGUACCGCAAAGGCCGGUUGUCUUUGUUACCAGGAAGAAGCUGGUGAACGCAAUCCAGCAGAAGCUCUUGAAGCUGAACGGUGAACCAGGGUGGGUCAGCAUCUACGGCAUGGCCGGCUGCGGGAAGUCGGUGUUGGCUGCAGAAGCAGUUCGAGAUCAUUCCCUCUUAGAAGGUUGUUUCCCAGGGGGCGUGCACUGGGUUUCUGUUGGGAAACAAGACAAAUCUGGACUUCUGAUGAAACUGCAGAAUCUUUGCACACGUUUGGAUCAGGAUGAGAGUUUCUCCCAGAGGCUUCCUCUUAAUAUUGAAGAGGCCAAAGACCGACUUCGCAUUCUGAUGCUGCGCAAACACCCGAGGUCUCUGUUGAUUUUGGAUGAUAUUUGGGACCCUUGGGUGUUAAAAGCUUUUGACAAUCAGUGUCAGAUUCUUCUUACAACCAGAGAUAAGAGUGUUACGGAUUCAGUGAUGGGUCCUAAAUACGUAGUGCCUGUGGAGAGCGGCCUUGGAAAAGAAAAAGGACUUGAAAUUUUAUCCCUUUUUGUUAAUAGGAAGAAAGCGGAUUUGCCAGAAGAAGCUCACAGUAUUAUAAAAGAAUGCAAAGGUUCUCCUCUUGUAGUAUCUUUAAUUGGUGCACUUUUACGUGAUUUUCCCAACCGCUGGGAGUACUACCUCAGGCAACUUCAGAACAAGCAGUUUAAGAGAAUUAGGAAGUCUUCAUCUUAUGAUUAUGAGGCUCUAGAUGAAGCCAUGUCUAUAAGCGUUGAAAUGCUUAGAGAAGACAUCAAAGACUAUUACACGGAUCUCUCCAUCCUGCAGAAGGAUGUUAAGGUGCCUACACAGGUGUUAUGUAUUCUCUGGGACAUGGAAACUGAAGAGGUUGAAGACAUACUGCAAGAGUUUGUUAAUAAGUCUCUAUUAUUUUGUGAUCGGAACGGAAAGUCAUUUUGUUAUUAUUUACAUGAUCUUCAAGUAGAUUUUCUGACAGAGAAGAAUCGCAGCCAGCUUCAGGAUCUACAUAAGAAGAUGAUCACUCAGUUCCAGAGAUAUCACCAGCCUCAUACCCUGUCCCCAGAUCAGGAGGAUUGUAUGUAUUGGUACAACUUUCUGGCCUAUCACAUGGCCAGUGCUAAUAUGCACAAAGAACUUUGCACUUUAAUGUUUUCCCUGGAUUGGAUUAAAGCAAAAACAGAACUUGUAGGCCCUGCUCAUUUGAUUCAUGAAUUUGUGGAAUACAGGCAUAUAUUGGAUGAAAAGGAUUGCGCAGUCUGUGAGAAUUUUCAGGAGUUUUUAUCUUUAAAUGGACACCUUCUUGGACGACAGCCAUUUCCUAAUAUUGUACAACUGGGGCUCUGUGAACCGGAAACUUCAGAAGUUUAUCAGCAAGCAAAGCUGCAGGCCAAGCAGGAGGUCGAUAACGGGAUGCUUUACCUGGAGUGGAUAAACAAAAAAACCAUCAAGAAUCUCUCUCGCUUGGUUGUCCGCCCCCAUACAGAUGCUGUUUACCAUGCGUGCUUUUCUGAGGAUGGCCAGAGAAUAGCUUCUUGUGGAGCUGAUAAAACCUUACAGGUGUUCAAAGCUGAAACAGGAGAGAAACUUCUAGAAAUCAAUGCUCAUGAAGACGAAGUGCUUUGUUGUGCAUUCUCCACAGAUGAUAGAUUUAUAGCAACCUGCUCGGUGGAUAAAAAAGUGAAGAUUUGGAAUUCCGUGACUGGGGAACUUGUACAUACCUAUGAUGAGCACUCGGAGCAAGUGAACUGCUGCUGUUUCACCAACAACAGUCAAAACCUUCUCUUAGCCACUGCAUCAAAUGACUCUUUCCUCAAACUGUGGGACUUGAAUCAAAAACAGUGUCGAAAUACCUUGUUUGGACACACAAAUUCAGUUACUCACUGCAAAUUUUCCCCAGAUGAUGAGCUUUUGGCUAGUUGUUCAGCUGAUGGAACAUUAAAGCUCUGGGAUGUGAGAUCAGCAAACGAGAGGAAAAGCGUGAAUGUGAAGCAGUUCUUCCUAAAUCCAGAGGACUGUCAAGAGGAAAUGGAGGUGAUAGUGAAAUGUUGUUCGUGGUCUGCCGAUGGUGCUAGAGUAAUGGCGGCAGCAAAAAAUAAAAUCUUUCUUUUGGACGUUCACACCAGUGGCCUCGUAGCAGAAAUUCACACUGGCCACCACAGUACCAUCCAGUACUGUGACUUCUCCCCCCAGAACCACUUGGCAGUGGUGGCUUUGUCCCAGUUCUGCGUGGAGUUGUGGAAUACAGACUCAUGUGUGAAGGUCGCUGACUGCAGAGGACAUUUCAGUUGGGUUCAUGGUGUGAUGUUUUCUCCUGAUGGAUCAUCAUUUUUGACAUCUUCUGAUGACCAGACAAUCAGGGUCUGGGAGACAAAGAAGAUGUGUAAAAACUCUGCCGUUGUGUUAAAGCAAGAAAUAGAUGUUGUGUUUCAAGACAGUGAAGUGAUGGUCCUCGCAGCUGACAACGUAAGACGUCUGCAACUCAUUAAUGGAAAAACAGGUCAGACUGAUUACCUGACUGAAGCUCAAGUUAGUUGCUGUUGCUUAAAUCCACAUCUUCAGCACAUUGCAUUUGGAGGUGAAGAUGGAGCCGUUGAGAUUUUAGAACUUCUCAACAACAAAGUCUUCCAGUCCAGGAUUGGGCACAAGAAGGCCGUACGACACAUCCAGUUCUCAGCUGAUGGCAAAACUCUUAUUUCCAGUUCUGAUGAUUCUGCAAUUCAGGUAUGGAAUUGGCAGUCAGAGGAAUGUGUCCUUCUCCGAGCCCAUCAGGAAACAGUGACAGACUUUAGGCUCCUAGAAAAUUCAAGAUUGCUUUCUUGGUCAUUUGAUGGAACAGUGAAGGUAUGGAACAUUAUUACUGGAAAAAUAGAAAAAGAUUUUGUCUGUCACCAGGGCACGGUGCUUUCUUGUGCUAUUUCUUCUGAUGCUACCAAGUUUUCAUCUACCUCUGCCGAUAAGACUGCAAAGAUUUGGAGUUUUGAGCUCCCUUCCCCUCUUCAUGAACUGAAGGGCCACAAGGGCUGCGUGCGCUGCUCUGCCUUCUCUGAGGACGGCUCGCUGCUGGCGACUGGAGACGACAACGGAGAAGUCAGGAUAUGGAGUGUAUCAGACGGGGAGCUUCUUCACUUGUGUGCUCCAUUUUCGGUAGAGGAAGGAGCUGCGACCCACGCCGGCUGGGUGACUGACCUUUGCUUUUCUCCAGACAGCAAAAUGCUUGUCUCUGCUGGUGGGUAUCUUAAGUGGUGGAAUGUCAUCACAGGGGAGUCUGCGCAGACCUUCUACACCAACGGAACCAAUCUUAAGAAAAUACACGUGUCCCCUGACUUCAAAACAUACGUGACUGUUGAUAAUCUUGGUAUUUUAUAUAUUUUACAGAUUUUAGAGUAAAGAGGUUAAACAUGAAUUCUUUUUAAUUUUGAAGUUGGAAGAAAAUGACAAUGAAAUUCUUAACCAACGUUUUGUAAAGCUGUGAAUUGUUGUGCAGUGUUGUAUUCAUUACAGAAACAUUUGUGGUUGGAUGAAUGAUAAUAAUGUAGCUUUUCCCCAAAUGAGCACCUUUAAUCUUAUUUUUCAUAAUCAUCAUCAUUCUUAAUAAUUCGUCCUUAAGAUGCAGAUGAAAGUGUAAAUAUGUACCCUGUUUUACUGUUGGUAACAUUCUCUUGGUGCAUUCAAAUUGCUUGACAAAUCAGUGCGAAUAAUUUGGAGGACCCUGUACUUUAAUGCCGCCAUUACGCAGGCUGCGCCUCAGGGCGACUGUGGCCUGCGCUCGGAAGCGCAGGGAGCGCAGGGCUGUGAAGUGCCCCCAGUACAAUCUUGAGCUGAUUCGCACUCUUUAAGUUUGCUUUAAAACGCUGUGUCUGCGUGUACAGCGUGCAGCGUUUCCUUGCAUUCACCGAAUGAGUGAGUGCUGGGUUGCGGCAGUUCCACAGCGCAAACAUGGUGUGGCGCGAGAUGCCCUGCUCCGCCUUUCCUCACCGUGGCUGGUGGCAGGCAGCCAUGCCACAGCUGGACGCUGGUCGUCAGUGUUUGGGUCGGGCGCUAGCCUGCCCUCUGACUUUUUAUUUCUUGUUUGUGUCAUAACCCUCACCUUUUCUUUUUAAAGCAGUUGCUGUGUGGUUAAAUGUUAGUAAAUCAAUAAAUGGGGAAGGGCCAAUUUUAAUAAGUUUCAGUACUUUCCUAAGAAAUGUGAAACAGACAUGAGUUUCUUCUAAUUCCAUUUACUUUUACGUAGAUGGUAUUGUCAGUGCUAUUCUCUCAGUGAAUUAGUGAAUUUCAAGAGAAUUAUCUGUGAUUUUCUAUGCAGUCCCACAAGAGUCACUGUGACUCUUGGAGGACAUCAGCUUUCACCUUUCAACUGCCUGUCUUCCUCCCUCUCUCCUCUCUCCCUUCCUUCACUUCUUCCCUAAUUCACUCGAGUUUCUCCUCCUGCCUCUUCCCCCGAGGAAAGAUAGCUUUUUGUGGAGCCAGGCUGCUGCUCUGUCACCCAGCCUGGCCUUGAGCUAGGCUCGAGGAUUCUCCUGGCUCCCCUGCUGCUGGAGCGGCUGGGGGCGAUCGCUUUCGAUGUGUCAGAGCUCACAGGAAGCAAUAACGGGCUGUUUUCUUACCUUCUGAGUAGGAAGCGUAAAUCUAACAUUUUCUCUGAAGUAUGUCAUUGAGGACAGUGGGGAUAAUAGAUGUGGUAUAAUUAUAAACAUAAUCAAAUUUUAAAGACCUUUGUUUCUGCAGCAGGAACUAGUAAAUCAAAUGAGUAUUGGUAUUCAUAGUAGAUAAGCACUGCACCCGUUUCUGUUGCUGGUGCAUUCAGAGCGUGCGGUGCUGGUAGGGAGAAGAGGCCAUGCAGAUGUACCUUCAGAUUACAGGUCCUGUGUCACAUUGGCAAGAACUGUAAAUACGGUGAAUAAAAUCUUUUACAUUAUUAAGGAAUCUUGUUUGUUUGUGAUAGGUUAAAGGAUUGGUUUAUAGGCUUACUGUGAUUUAAACAAACAUAAUAAGUAGAACUUUAAUUUUAUAAAAAUAAAUUUUAUGUCUUCCUUAGAAUAUUCAAAUCCUAACUUGACUUUUAUAUAUUUAGGAGUGUAUUGCCCGGAAUAUAAAACAGUACUUUUAGAAUUAAAAGCUACUUGGCUGUUGAGUAUAACAACACUGCCUUUUAAAAAAUCUCGGUUAGCCUUUGUCUUAGAAUGGAGGAAUGGGAAGAAAGAUGAAGGGAAAUGAAGAAAGGAGACACCUGCAGCUCAAGGAGCUGGUCAGGAGGAGGCUUUUGUUCUGGACCUGGCAAGUGAACAUUAUCCCGCAUUUUCUCUUUUUUUUCUACAUUGGACUUUGUAAAAACGUUUUACAUUGUAUGUGUCUUACAUGUUUGGAGAACUGUUUUGUAUUUAUCACUUACAGGAUCAUUUUUGUCUUGGAAUACAUUUUAAAAUGUGAAUUUUAAAAAAAUAAAAUUUCUGAAAGUUUCUGAGAAA